AGGCAUUUUGGGAAUUCAGUGUAAGAACAUUGCUUUAUAGCUUUGCUAUGUUCAUUAUUUCACUAUACUCUCUCUCUAUCUCUGUCUUUCUCCCUAUAUAUAUAUAUAUAUAUAUAUAUAUAUAUAUAUAUAUCCAAAUGUGAAAAAUUGCCUCUGUGUCUGGUAAUCAAUAGGUAAUAUAAAUAUAUAUAUAUGAUAAAAAAAAAAAAACCUUUGAUAUCUUAAAUAUUUUAAAAUGCUUUCAAAUAAACACAAUUUGAUAAGUUAAUACUGUACUUGCAAUUGCUAAUUAGUAUUCAUUUGAUAGCAUUGAAUCUUUUAAAAAGUAUUUAAAAUAAAGCCUUUGGUGAGUGAUUUUUUGUUUAAUUGUAUUCAUAUAUGAAUCUCUGAUUAUAAUUUCAACCAUAACCCCCCAAAAAGAAGAAAGAAAUAAUUUAUAUAUCACAACUUAUACCCAUGUCCAGAACAGAAUUUUUUGUUUGGCUUUGGAUUUUUAAAUUCUCUUUAAUAUAUUUUGAAAUGGGUAAAGGAAUGGUAUAUAUUUCAUUUAUCAAACUGCCAAUGGCUUAUUGAGGCUGUGUGAACCAUUAGUUGGGGGAAUCUGUUUUAUAUUCCUAGAUAAAUGGACAAUGUGAUUAGUGUCUGUAUUCCUGUAUAGAAUCUUAUGUACACCACAUUCUGCUCCUGAGGUAGCUGAAUCCCCUCACGUAGACAGAAAGUGUCAUUCAGUCAUUAGAACAGGAGUUGGUAUUACUUGAGGAGACAAUGAAAUUGUUGAUUUUAUCCAUCCCUCCUGUGUGGAAUACUCUCUGUAUCACCAGCAGAAGUGUAGCAGGAAAAUAGGAAUUGCUCGCUUAAGUCUGUCUGACACGCGUCUGUUGGGAGUCGACACUUGAACCUGCGUGAAUGAUAUAGGCAACAGGACAGUAUGUGAUGUCUUUCAUGGUCAUUUGGUGGGAGGAGAUGAAUUUUCACUUUAGCUUUAUGUAGAUUUAGUGGCAGGGUACAUUUGGGAUCACGUAAGCUUUUGAUCUGGUCUUCAUUUAGAAUCGUUGUCUCUCAUUUUGAUGUAAUAUGUAUAAACCCUAAAGGUUUAUGGAAAUCUGUAAGAGUGUCUAAGUUUAAUAGACCUCAAAUAGUAUUCAUAGCUUUUUAAAGCUACGAUAAUGAGGGAAGAAUUAGCUAUACCACUGAGUCUUAAGUCUUGGACCAAAUUCACCAAGUUGCAUGGCAGGGCAUGAGUACUUGCAUGUAAAUCAAAUCUUUAGUGCAUGUGUCUGAGUUUUCACAGUAUGAGGAGGGAAGUUUAUGUGAAAUUAUUCACAUUGAUAAUGUGCUCAUUUUAUUUAAAUUACAAAUUAAAUAUAUAAGUCAUGGUAUAGUAUUCAUUAAUUUAAAAAAAAAAAGGGUAACCAAAUUUUUAGUGAAUUGUAUCAAUGUGUUAUGUAAAUACUUUUUUUUUUUUACUAACAACAAAAUUGUAAUUAAAGAAAUUAUUAAAUUCCCAGUGAUGCAUGAUUCUCAUUUAUUUGCUUCAGUGUCUAAAAAUGUAUUUUUCAGAGGAGGGAUCUUUCAAGCAUCUUUCAAGCAAAAUUAUGCAUUAUACUGUUAUAUGUUUUACUUCAUCUAACCUCAUCUCAGUGCAAAUUUUUUACGGACGACUGCUCAUUUUAUGAAUGAAGCAAACACUUUAAAUGUCCAAGUUACGUGGGAACAUAAAUGGCAUCAUAUCAUGUAUAUUAAAAAAUGAGUCUGUACCACAGGUGAGGUUAAUGUGACUUAAAUUCCCAUUGUGAUUUUUCCAAGCUUAAAUAUUUGUCAGAGAAUCUGUCACAACAGCUUGUAUAAAAACAUAAAAAAAAACAAAAGUAAAGGAUGUUGGAGGAGUGAUUGUUUGAAAAAGUUUAAGCAACUCAAGGGUUGGCCAGGUGUGUCAAGCAUGGCUGUUUAUUUUUGUGGUCGGAAACAUGGAUAUUGAUUUAUAGGCUUGUGCUUUUUUCAUUCAUAAUUGUUAUGUGUUCGUUGCCUGAUGUGACUACUUGUUGUGGACUGGGCUAUAAGACCUCUUAACAGUCACUGACAGUUAACAUUACUGUGGCAGAUUAUACCAGUAAGUACAGGAAGGGCUUGGCCAUCGUGUUUCCUAAGAAACAAAUUUUUCUUAACUGUUUCUUGUACUUUAUCAGAAUAUAAUGACACCAUUUGUUGCAUGCACUUGAGCAGUUGUACAGUGAUUUACUCUUGAUUGACAUGGGAGUCCACUUAGAAGAAUCUACCUCCCCCAUAUCAAAACAAAUCAGCACUGAUUUGAGUGACUUUGUACGCAAUUUAACAAAUCCCAAACAGGAUUUUAGUGAGCACACUCAGGACUUUGCCACAAAGCCCACCAAUCCUGGGAACAAAAUGAGACUGAAAUCCACAGACUUAUCAAGUCAGCUGAAGGAGAAAUGUGCAAUUGAUGAAACUCCUGAGGUCAAGGACAUGAAACAAAAUUGGAGACAGCGAAUGAUGGAGCGCCGAAUUAGCCGUGCUAAAGCACAGGACUGUAACAGUCCAGCAGACUCGUUUGGGUCUACUGACUGUGAGAAAUCGUUUGACAGUUGUGUGAGUGUGUCCUCAUCCUCAGGGAACAGACCCACUUUCCAUUGUGACUCGUCGACUGAGGCUUCCGAGACCGAGUCUUAUCCUACACAGGUCUCUACAAACAAGGAACAGAGGUACACGAAGAAAGAGAAAGAUUCCAAAAAGAAGCGAUUCCGUCGCAUGAUCACACGACCCCUGAGACGCAGUCAGAGCGCAGGCUGUGAGAAAGACAUUCCGACACACUUUCUGGAGAAGAGCACAGACGAUGAAGACACUUUAGAAAGUCGGGCCUCAGAACUGACAGUCUUCAGUCAGCGUCUGAUCGGAAACAGUGGUGAGGGAGAAGAGUGUUCUGCUAGAAAACCUGUGUACAAGACCUGCUCAGCAGAUGCAGCUUUCAUGGGGACUGAUGACAACUCACAGUCUCGCCAUAAGAAGCCCAGCAAUUUAGCCAAGAAUAUGAAGAAAAAAUUCCAGUUCCUGAGACGGAGGAACACCGACACUGCGAUUGGAGGUGAAUGCCGUUCCUCGGUCUUUUUAAGACCCACGCCUGACCAGGCUCAGAAAUGGAGCAGAUCUUUUGACAAUCUGUUGAAUGAUAAAGGUGGUUUGGAACUGUUCAGAGGAUUUUUAAGGUCAGAAUUCAGUGAGGAAAAUCUAGAAUUUUGGAUUGCUUGUCAAGAAUACAAACAGUGCGAGGAUUCCCAAAUGCUUCCAACACAAAGUCAGAAAAUAUAUGGUGAAUUUGUGGCUGUUCUAGCCCCAAAAGAGAUCAAUUUGGAUUCCAAAACACGAAUGACUACUGUGACAAACUUAGAACACCCCACCAGACACACAUUUGAAGAUGCACAGAAAAGAAUUCAGGCUUUGAUGGAAAAAGACUCUUACCCACGAUUCCUUGAAUCAGACUUAUAUCAACAGUUAUUAAACAACACGUCCAGUUCUAAAGCUUGAAUCUACAGUUAUGGAACAAUUAGAUGUCAAGUUCCAGGACUUGAAUCGGACUUGUACCAAAGCUUGAAGGAAUUUUUCAAGUCAGCUGUUGCUUGUUCAAAAAUAUUAACUCCUGUGAUCUCAGAUUCUAGUCAAAAGCUUUCAGGCAUGUAUAUAGAUAAAUUUGUUUUUGAUAUUUGUAUGCCCAUGACCUCUGUUUGUUACAAACAGAAUAUAGUUGUUAUGAUUACAAUGUUAAUCGUCUCAUACUUCAUUACAUUGUUACAAUGUUUCAAAUUUCAUGGACAUUUUUAUAAAAAUAUUUGUUAGUUUCUUGCUAUGCCUGUCAGAGGGAUAAUUUCUGAAGUAUAUUUCAUGAUGUGCUAAUCAGUACUAUUUAUGGGAAAUUUUUGCAGAAACUUUUUCACAAAGACCCAAACUUAUUUUCCUUAUAACAGUAAAUGUAUUUUUAUACACAGUUGCAGAACUAUAGCACUCUAGGGGAAAAUGGGUAAAUUCCAUUUGUUUUCCCCUCAGAGAGCUACCGUGCUGCAAACUUAGGAAUUUUCACAUUUAUAACAGCUACCAAUAUAAAAUGCCAAAAUCAAAGCACAAAUUGAAUGAUGUCAACUAAAUGUCAUUUUUAACUAUGCUACAGACUGUAUGUUGUAUAAUAUCAGAUGUUUUUCAGUCUAUGUCUGCAAUAUCAAGUUGUGCUAAUUGACCUACCUGACAGCAGUAAGUAACUGAGGUGACUGAUGAGGGAAAUCUGUUUCUACUAAUGACUUUUUUUCCCCAUCACCUGCAAGGUACUUAAAUCUUGAGACAAACAAAGUUAUAAAGAGUGAUACGACUGAUGUUGUGAUCCAGUCCGCUGUUAUCAGCAACUGGUGAGUCAGUUACUCAGAUUUUAUGCAUUAUUUCAGUAGAAAGCUAUUAAGAGCCAUGCGGAGUUACUGUGUCAUUGUCAUUUUAAACAUAAAUUCAAAUGAACAUGCAACGAUUAUGCAGAAAUCAUGGAAUAUUUCCAUAUUUGGAUAUAUAAUGGAAUAAUUGACGUGAUUUCUGCAGUUUGUUAACUAUGUUGUAUCUGCAGGAGUCCUGGACAAUCACUGUUUUUUCCAAAUGAAGUUGGAUAAUAACUCCUGCUCUUGGUGAGCAGCAUUAUGUGCAAUGUCAAGUUUGAAAUUGUAUUUUCCUAUUUUAUAGAUCAUAAUACCUGUUGUCAAUUUGUUCCAACUAUGUAAUCCAGUUUUUCCACUUACCCUUUUUGAAAAUUUGUUUUUACUACAGUUUUUAAUAUAAUAAAAAAAAAAAAUACAAAAA